CGCGUAUUGAGGUUAUAAAGUCUUGGCUGUCAAUGAGGCAGAAGCUCCUUGAAACUCAAAGUAUAAGUGUAUACAUGAGCACCACACCAUGAACUACUAACUUCUUCACAAUACUAUAGGUUCCAAUUUGGCGGCUAAGGUCUCUUGUAGAAAAACCCCUCGAGACUCUCUCCAGCAGGUACUAGCACCAAUUGCAAUUCGAUUCGUCCCUAGGCCUUCACCUCGUCAAAACAUGCCCACUCUCGAAACCUACCAUGGAGCCUACUUGUGGAAGUACGUGCCCAAUCCUCCAGCGGCCAUCACAUUCGCUAUCCUGUUCCUUUUUUUGACCAUAGCCCAUACCUGGAAAAUGUUGAAGCACCGGACCUGGUACUGCUUGCCUUUCGUCAUUGGAGGAAUCUGUGAGCCAGUCGGUUACGGCUGUCGAGCACUAGCUACAUAUCACACGGGAUCUUUGGUCCCCUACCUCCUCCAGGCGAUCUUCCUUCUACUACCUCCCUGCCUCUUCGCCGGGACACUGUACAUGGUGUACUCCCGCGUCGUUCGAGCCGUGCAUGGUGAGCGCUUCUCACUCAUCUCUCCAAAAUGGUGUACGCGAUUCUUCGUUGCAGGCGAUUUCCUCUGCCUCAACAUACAAUCGGGCGGGGCAGGAUUUCUACCUCAUCCGAAGGUGGCCAAUUACGGGAACGGCAUUAUCGUCGCUGGACUGGGGCUCCAGGUCGUGAUAUUCGGAGGCUUCAUGUACUGCUGCAUUCUUUUCCAUAAGAAGUUUCGAGCCCACCUUGCUCGCUCAGGCGAGAUGGUUGAUCUUCCAUGGGAGUCGAUCCUCUGGAUGCUUUACGUGAAUUCGGUCAUUGUUUCGGUGCGCAACAUCUUUCGACUGGUUGAGUUUAUUACGGGGCAUGACAGCUAUCUGAACAUGAACGAGUGGCCCGUGUACGUCUUUGAUGGCGUGUUGAUGCUCAUCGUCAUGAUCUGUUUUUACGUCUGGUAUCCUCCACAGCUGCAGUCGAGCCAAACGGAUUCGAUGAUCGAGCUUACAAGCGAGGAUAAUAGCCCGGAAAUCGCGCCCCCUCGCGUUGCGAAGUACGAGGACCGUACCUCGUGA